CGCGCAGCCGCGACGGACGCGUUGUGCGCGCUUUUUUUGAAUUUCGAAUUUCACACAAAUAUUUUUUCUUUUAACAAUUAAAAAAGAAAAUAGGUUUCACAUUACAAACACUCGUAUAAUUUGUGGUAGUGUUGUGAUUUCGUGUAUCGGAGCUUUGGGGAAAGUUUGGAAAGACAUUUUCUUCAAAGGCCAAAGUAUUAAUUAACAAAAUGCUGCAACAGAUCCUGAGAGACAUGUGGGUGGAUCCGGAGAUCCUCGCUGAGCUCGACGAGACACAAAAACAAACGCUCUUUUGCAAGAUGCGCGAGGAACAGGUGCGUCGAUGGCAGGUUUGGGACCAGAAAGUAAGCAAAGAGGAGAAUGAACGAAAAAUCCAAACAAAUGGAAAGAAGCAGGUGCAGUUUUUGAACGGAGAAGAUGGAGAGCCAUGGGUUUGGGUAAUGGGAGAACACCCUGACGAUCAGUCUAUUGAGAGCAUUCUAGCCGAAGAGGCUCGACAGCGUGCACUGGCACAAGCGCGCGAAGAGGCCCACCAGCUCCGCAAGUCUGUUGAGAAGGAGCUCACACAUCUUAUUGACUACAAACCCUUGGACAGUUUAGAGCAGAAAUUCGACCUGUCCCCAAAAAACGUUGAUUCUCUCGAAGAUAGCUUUGACUUGUAUUGUACAGUUGAUGAGCUUCGGCAAAGAAUCGAGGAACUAGAGCCCGAAGUCAAGGACAAAAGUGAUAUAGAAGCAGAGAAGGAUUAUUGCGAUGAUCACCUUAAGUUGAACCUCAAGAAGAGUACGUUGCAGUUCAAUUUUAUUGAGGGAAAACGGGAUGCUAUACAGGACGCCAGCGUCCCCCGCACGGGCGACGGCGUGAGCCUGCGCGUGGCGGCGUGGGAGCGGCGCGUGGCGGCCGCGCGCGCCGGCGACAUCCUGCGCGGCCUGCGGGCGCGCCGCGCGCGCGCGCUGCGGGACGCGCAGCUGCAGGCGCACGACGAGGACGCCGUGUGGAGGGAGCAGGAGCGUAAAGCGAAGGAGGCGGAGGCGACGAUGCGUCAGAUCGCCCGCGCGGCGCGGGAGGCGCACCGCCGCGCCGCGCCCGCCGCCGCGCCGCCCGCAAUUCCAGCGGACAAACCCCCGAACAGGGAGGCUGUACUGGAAUGGUUCAGGACUCAAGAAUUGAAACGAGGAGUGGGCUUGGAUGAGAACAACAAACCGGUUGACUGGUUUCACGGUCUGAUCAGUCGGUCGGAGUCGGAGCGGCUGCUGAGCGGGCGCGCCGAGGGCAGCUUCCUGGUGCGCGUGUCGGAGCGCGUGUGGGGCUACGCGCUGUCGUACCGCGGCGCGCGCUGCAAGCACUACCUCGUCGACGCCAGCCGCGGCGCCUACCGCCUGCUGGGCGACGCGCAGCGCGCGCACCGCUCGCUCGCCGAUCUUAUCAACUACCACAAGACGACGGCGAUCACCGAGAGCGGCGGCGAGCUGCUGACGGCGCCGUGCCCGCCCGCGCGCCCGCCCGUCGUGUAGCGCGCGCCGCUCCCGCGACGGAGCCGUGCGAUAUCAGUCAAUGUACCGUUAAUUAGCUAUUAGGAUAUACUCUUUACUGUUUAUAUGAAUAAUUGAGAUUUUGACUAAGUAGGAACGACUAAAUAAAGUUACAUUUUUUUAGUUUAGUUUAAAGAUUCCUAGUAGCAACCUUUUUGUUAAUCGAUUGUUUAUAGGUGCUAAUACACUUUACAAUUAAGAUGUAAUUUAUGCUUUUGAAUAUAUAACGAGUUUUUAAGAAGGAUUAGAUCUCGACAUUUAAAAAAAAUAUGUUUAUUUAUUGUCAUAAACAAUUUUAAGCAUUGGUUAUCUGUGCUCCAGUAUUAUUGAGACAAUGUUCCCGAAAGCGGGAAAAAAUGUUAGCCAAAGUUGUUUUUUUUUUUUUCGAAAAUUGGUGUUUAAGUGUUUAUUUUAUGCCAUUUACGCGUAUGUUUAUAACUAUUAUAUUCGAUCUUGUUUAUUGUUUAGUCAUUAACUGCCAACUAGAUAUAUAUGAAUU